AUGGAGCUUUGGGUUGUAAAGGGGGAGAUCAGCAUGUCAGACAUGGCAAUAGAUGAGCUCAACACGUCUCACUGCUCUCUCUCUCACUCUGCCUCUCCAACUUCUCCCCCUCCUCAGAUCGGCAAGUACUAUGUGGCAAUAGACGAGUUCGAGCGGAUCGGCAAGUACUACGUGGCAAUAGACGAGUUCGAGCGGGUAGUGUUGCCGCACCUCAUGCCGUCAGAUACAACGCGCCUGCACAUCGUGGACGAGAUCGGGCGCAUGGAGCUCUGCAGUGACAAGUUCAGAGACGCUGUACUCAACCUGCUCGCCUCUCCCGUUGCUGUGUUUGGCGCCCUGCCCGCCCCUCGUUAUGGUCACACAUUGGAGCUAGUAGAGGAAAUCAAGCAGCGCGCCGACACAGCCGUGCUCACGCUCACGAAAGCAAAUAGGGACGCCACAGCAGUGCAGAUAGAGGAGCUGCUCACACGGCUCAUCCAGGAGGGGGAAAAGGGGGCGGGGGGGGCGCUAGGGGAAGAGGGGGAGGGGGACGGGGGAGUGGGGGGAGUGGGUGGGUUGGGGGGAGAUGGUGGGGGGAAUGAGGGCGAGGGGGAGAGCAACAUAGGAGUGGGUGGUGGGGGUCUAGGGUACGGAGGGGUGAGGGGAGCAGGAACUGGUGCAGCGAAUGCCGUUCCGGCAGCGGCAGCAGGUUUGGAGACCGGAGCGGCAGGUCCGGCGUUGAUAAGCGGAGGUUCGGGAGCGGGGAUGAAUCAUGUGCUAGCUGCAGUGCAAGCCCAUGUGGCCAAUGCGGACCUCUUUGAUGGGUCUCAUACUGUUCAUGGGUAG